GACAGAUGAUGGAUGACAGCUGUGGGCCAAGAAUAAAAGGACCGUUGAUCUGCAACAGAACAUUAUGGAUCUCUUCUGUUUGGUCGUUUUGUCCUCAAAUUGAACGGCUGAAAUCUUAGCAAAGUAGCAGUUUACAUAGUUAACCAGUCAAACAAAAAAUUCUGAAGAAAAAUAUCCAGCUACCAGAGUAAUCGACAGCAAUAUACUGCUUUGACAGCUAAGCUAGCUAGUUAGCACACCAGAUAGGUUCUCGACCAGACGUGUGACCAUGUAGUCACACCCUAAUCUUGGGCAACAUGAGUGAAAUGUAGACCAGAGUAAUGCAACAUGUAGUAGGACUUUUGUCAUCGUGAAAGACAUUCAUUUUUUUCCGAAUCUGGACAUGGCUGCCUCAUCAUGCUACAGCCGCCCGCGAGAUAGCGCUUGCCAGCCAGUCCGCUAAAUCAACUAGCUACAUCGGAGCUUGAAAACAAUACGUUUUUUUGUUGCACAUAUAAUAUUGUGGUAUUAUGAAUUCACCCAUGUAUACAUUUGUCGCCCGAGACGACAACAGUACUAUUUAUGCUGAAGUUUCCAAAAUUCUCGUCGCUACUGGACAAUGGAAGAGACUGAAAAAGGAUAAUCCCCGAUUCAACUUGAUGUUGGGCGAACGGAAUAGACUGCCAUUUGGACGGCUUGGUCAUGAGCCUGGACUGAUGCAACUGGUGAAUUAUUACAGAGGAGCAGACAAGUUGUGCCGCAAAGCAUCUUUAGUCAAGUUAAUCAAGACUAGCCCGGAGCUUCCAGAUCCCGGCAACUGGUUGCCUGAAUCGUAUAUCAUCUAUCCUACUAACCUCAACACUCCCAUUGCGCCUGCAAAGAAUGGCAUAAGCCACCUGAAAAGUAACCCCAAGACGGAUGAAAGAGAAGUUUUCCUGGCCUCUUAUCACUCAAGGAAGGAAAGCGGAGAGGGAACAGUGUGGAUCGCCAAGUCAUCUGCUGGAGCAAAAGGUGCUGGGAUUUUGAUAUCACACGAUGCAAAUCAAUUGCUGGAGUUCAUUGAUAAUCAAGGGCAGGUUCAUGUCAUUCAGAAGUACCUAGAAAGACCACUACUGUUGCAACCUGGCAACCGUAAAUUUGACAUCAGGAGCUGGGUGCUCGUGGACCAUCAGUACAACAUCUACCUUUACCGGGAGGGUGUGCUGCGGACGGCCUCGGAGCCCUACGACAGCUCCAACUUCCAGGACGUGACCAGCCACCUGACCAACCACUGCAUCCAGAAAGAGCACUCUCAGAACUAUGGCCGCUACGAGGAGGGCAACGAGAUGUUCUUCGACGAGUUCCGGCAGUACCUGCUGAGCACCCACAACAUAGUGCUGGAGACCAACAUUUUACCUCAGAUAAAGCAGAUUAUAAGGAGCUGUCUGACAUGCAUUGAACCUGCCAUCAGCACUAAGCACUUGUCCUAUCAGAGCUUCCAGCUCUUCGGCUUUGACUUCAUGGUGGAUGAGAGCUUCAAGGUGUGGCUGAUAGAGAUCAAUGGAGCUCCGGCCUGCGCACAGAAACUCUACCCGGAGCUAUGCCAAGGUAUCGUGGAUGUGGCCAUCUCCACUGUCUUCACACUGAACAACGAUUCCGAACCACGAUCAUCUUCCUCCUCCCCUGCUCCCUACUCCUCCUCCCCCUCAUUUUCUGCUCUCACCUCAUCCUCUUGUUCCUCUCCGAAACUGAGAGGACCUCUCCACGUGGGCCCAUUCACCCGAUUGUAAGUGUCCCCCCGCUUCAGAAGUUCCACCCUCCGCUCCUCACUUCUAGGCUUUUCUGAGAGGUCCCACAGGUCUGGAAGCUUGCCACCUCAUUGGUUCUUGUUUGGCAAGUCUCAAAGUGGUUUGCCCUUGUGAUUGACUGAAGAUUGAAUGUGGGACCUUCUCGUAUGUGAUACCAGAUUUUCUUCUCUCAUACACCACAAUGGAAGGGCAUUUCAGAGGAAAGCCUGGGCAGACAUGCAGAAUAUGAAUGUGGAGACUUGGUGAAUGUUUGGGUGAUGAUGAUGAUGAUGAAUGGGCGACAGACUGAUGACCGGUUUGGGGGUCCCAAAGCAAUGAGAAGCCCUUGUGUUCCAGUGCUGCCACUGAGGCUCCCCUAGACUGUGUAUGGAUGACCUCUGAAGAUGGAGGGGAUGCUUUACUUAUUAUACAGACUAGUGCCUUACAUCUCCACCCAUACCCACUUAAAGAUGCAACCUGAUGAAUUAGCAUAGCAUUUCUGCUACUAUGUGUUACGUGAGCCAGUGUAUUGUCGGUCAGGCAAGUGUAUGUGCGAUGUAGACUUUUUUUUUUCUUCUCUCGGUUUGUACAUCUUUGGGUUUAUCCACAAAAGUUAGCAUUCCUAAAUCUUUGUUUCAUAUCAUGGUUAUUCACAAAGCCCCGGAGAGUUUUGUGUACUGCAGUUUAAAAAUGUAUUAAAGCAAAAAAUAGGAGGCAUCCAGUUUCUAUUUUAUUGCUAUGUAAAUUGUAUUAUAGCUAUUAUUCUGCGCAUGCCAUGUAGUUUUUUUAGGUCUUCGAUUUUGAGACCUUUUUUCCCCCCAAGUUAAUUUAGUCAGUGUUGUUAAUUCCCCCCUUGUAUAAGAGAAUAUUCAUAGACAGAUUACUUAUAUUGCUGUCAACAAAUAGUAUUUGUUGAAUGACUAGAGAUAAACCUUCCCUGUCCAACUGAGACUAGAUUUGCAACUUUCUAACAUUUCAAGCUAUUUUGAACCUUCUAUGGUUCUGCCAGUAAAACUGUUAGAAUCAGUCACUUUUAUUCUCCCAAGAACAUUUACAUAUCGGCCUACUUGGAAUUUGAUUCGGUGAAAUGGUGCUGCCACAGUAAACAGAAUCAACAAACAUAAUAUAGAUGAUAAACAUAUACAGAUGUAAUAUAGUGACAAGGAAUUUACGAAUCCACGUACACAGUUACGCACGGGACCUCCGAUACAGCUGUAAAUCAGUUUGUUUGUCAUCUUAGGAGGGACUGCAUGUUGGUGUGGAUGCAUGUCAGUGUCUUACCUCCUAAUGCAAGUAGGCCUACUCUCCCCUUUUGCCUCGAAUACUGAGAGUUCUUAGCCAAGCACUUCCUUUAAAAUGGUCUCUCUAUACUUUUUACCUUCCCAAUAGGUCCAUGAGACGCACCUGUUUGUCAAGAACUGCAUUGCAUUUUGACACCAGAUGUUUUGAAAUAGAUUUGCCUAGUUUUGCGUAGUUCUGCACCAAUUGCUUUUGCAGAAAUGUUUGUUUAGUGUGUGUUGGUGACGCUUGCUCAAAGAAAAUGUGUUUCUUGUUAGUUUUUGCUUGUUUAUUUAAAACAUGUAGUGAACUUGAAUUAAACGAAAUAGCUUCAACCCCAGAAUUGACUUAAUGUCAAUGCAAGUUUAAAAAAAUAAAAAAAAUAAAGCGGCAAUCCAUAGCAGUGAAAAGGCCACGUCCAUUUGCGAUUUUACAACAGACGAACACUUUUUUUCCCCCCCUCGGACAUCACGCAGUACUGAGUUAAAAAAAAAAAUUAUACCACGAUGCUGGAUGCUCCUUUCUUCAAAACGAUAACAAAAUGCGCCUGGGGCGGAUCCCAGAUUUAAGUGUAUUUUUUAAAAGUAGUUUAAGACUAUAAACACAGUCAGUUAGGUUUUUAACACAGCUUCAAUGAUGUUAAGUGAACUUGUGAUACCUGCCUGCUAGAAAGUUGUUUUCCCUGCCCUUGUCUGUUUCUGUGUUUACACUGUGAUAUUCAAUGUAGAACACCUGACCACAUUCAGUUUACAGAUGCUUUGUAGCAUUAUCACCCACAGUUAUCCCAUAGAUUAAGUUACUUUGUCCUAUGUUAAACUUUGUUUUAAGUAUGAGUUAGUCCCUUAACCACCAACUCCUUUCUUCAAUAUCACACAUUUUCGAAUAUAUUUAGUUGAGGAAAUGCUUCGACAUGUUUUGAGUGAAACACUACUUAAGGGACAACAUUGAGACAUUUAAUCACUGUCUUUUUUUAAAAUGAAGUAUGGUGUGAAUGACUGCUUGAAUAGUAUAUGUUUGAUAUUCACAUGGUCAAAGCAUACAAUGUUUAUGAAUUAUAAUCUAAUUGUGGUUAAAUGUUCGGUUAGUUUGUAUAUCAGAGUGGCACAAAAAAAAGUAUUUGUUUCUAGAUUGUUUUGCAAAAUAAAAAAGACCAACUGUAUUAUUCAACACAUUGCUUGGGAAAACAACCAAAGGAAAUGAUCAGUAUUAUUAUACAAAUUGGGGAAAUGUCUUUCCAUCAAAGGGAAGGGGUGCCUUAGUGGGAAUUGCCUCUUGAUGUUUGGAAGAAGCAAUAGACCUCCUGCAUAUAAAUGCACCUUUCAUUUGUUUGAUUGUAAAGAUGUGAAUUUGCCUAUUGCUAUUUGGCAUAUGUGUCUGUGUGACUGUUUUAAUUGUUCAAUCUUUUGUAAUGUCUGGUUGUACUCAUGCAGAGUUUCUUUGCACUGAAUGUUUUCCAUGUUUUAUUACCUGCUUGGUAGGUUAUGAAUUCUUAUUUCUUAUCAAUGAACUUGUUUGUAUGUCUAAAAUCAAUUCCCCCCUCAGUAUUACUUCCCCAGCUAUGAACACUGUGGGUUUGAUGUAUUUCAAGUCCUUUAAAGUGCAAUCUGUAUCUUCAUUUGAGUGUAUCAUGUCCAUGGGAGACAAAGAAGUUAGAUUGCAACUUUAAAUCAAUCAUAAUCAAACAUUUUCACUAAACCAAGGCAGCCAAGAAUAAAUAAAUCGGUUGACACACCAACAUUGACACAUUGAAAUGUUAACCUCUCCCCCAGUCAAUGAUUUAACUGUAUUUAGUCAGAUGAAUGCCUGUUUCUUUUAGCUAAUGUUUAUCAAACCUUUGCAUGAAAACUGUCACAUUAUCAUGGAGAAUAAAAUGUAUCGUUGA